AUGGUAGAACCUGGUUACACUAUGCCUAUGUACUCUAACCGUGCCUCUCAGAACAUACCAAUGCAUCCUAUGCCUGCAUAUUAUGUUCACCAACAAACUAUGGGUCAAAGUGCUGAAUAUUCUCAGGCUCAAGGACAUACUGCCCCUCAGGUUCAAGCAGGUUGUUCUUCUACACAAGUUCAGGGAUCAGCAAGUACAUCUUCCAAGGCUCAAGGAAGUGUUUUCCCUUUUACCAAAGAACGGUAUGAUCAGAUAAUGCAAAUCCUGAACAAUUUAACUUCCUUUGCUCAAGCAAAUGUGGAUCUCUUUAGUGGCAGGGUGAGGGAGAUUGGUAGGGAAAGAGAUGGUCUAUACUUCCUGCAGAGACAUGGUGUCAAGAAGCUUGCUGCAGUCUCUUUAGCUGCUACUGGAAUAAAGUCAAGACAUGGUGACACUGAUAUUGAUGUUGCCUUGUGGCAUAAAUUAUUAGGACAUCUCAAAUCUGAUGUGUGUGUUGUACUUGUUCAACUUGUUGUAUUUGUUCAAAAUCAGUUUGACAAAACAGUGAAAGCAGUCAGAAAUAUGGCAUUAUCCAUCAAAGACAUGUGCAUAUACCUUUCAUCAAAUGGAGUUGCUGAGAGGAAGUGCAGGUACAUUUUGGAAGUCAAAAGAACUUUAAGGUUUCAAGCUAAUAUUCCUAUCAAGUACUGCGGCCAUUGUGUGCUUGCAGCACUAUAUGGUAGAGCACCUACUCUGGAGCAACUGAGAACCCUUGGCUGCUUGUGUUAUGCCAAGCAAGUUCAUGAACCAGACAAAUUUCUUUAUAGGGCCAAGCCAACUGUUCUCAUAGUUUUUUCUGAUACUCAGAAAGUCUAUGUUCUAUUGGAUCUUGCUAGUCGCUGCUUCUUCAUCAACAGGGAUGUCCCCUUCAGGGAACACAUAUUUCCUUUCAAAGACACUUCAACCCCAGCACAUCAUAUUUUCUUGCCUCCUGGCUCAUCUACUUAUAGUGAAGAGCAGUUCCCAUCAUUUUCUACUCAUACUAGCUCCAGGCAUGAGGAUGACGACUCAAGACAUGAGUCUCCUCUAUAG